AUGAUGAAACGAACGUGUUUCUCGAAUUCGACACCAGGUGGCGGACACGCGAUCAUCAAUGCUCUAUUCGACAGUAUCCGAAAAUUUGACAAUGUCAACAUCAUGUGGGAGACGCAUGCAGAGCAUUUGCUCACCGCAGAGGACGGCACAGUCACCGGCGUUCAGGUGCGGAAAGCCGACGGCCAUAUGACCAAGAUCCGCGGCAAGAAAGUCAUGUUGGCUUGUGGCGGUUUCGAGGGCAAUCGCGAAAUGUUAGGCAAAUAUGUCGGACCCCGGACCGAACACCUUGAGCUCAUCGCGCCCGGCCUCAAGUAUAACACCGGAUUUGGAUUGAGGAUGGGUCUGGAGGUUGGCGCUGCCACUGCUGGAUCGAUGAGCGGCAUGCAUUGUGAGCUCGUCGAUAUCAGAGCCAAGAAGCCCGAUGCUGUGAUCUGGGGCCAUAACUAUGGGAUUGUUGUCAACGAGCACUGCAAGCGGUUUUAUGACGAGGGCAAGCGACACCUCUUCGCGACGUUUGAAAUGAUAGCACUCGAGACCUGGCGGGACCAGAACCAGAAGUCAUACUUUGUCACAGACAAACCCAUCAUGGAUCGAUUCAGACCAGGUUGGGUGUAUGACACGACGGACCAGGAACCGGAGCAGAGCGAUACCAUCGAAGGAUUAGCCGAAAAGCUGGGGCUCGAUCCCAAAGAGCUGAAGAAAACAAUUGACGAGUACAAUGCGGCCAUCAACGAUAAUGAAUUCGAUUUGAUGAAACUCGACGGCAAGAGAACUCAUGGGUAUGGUGCCCAAGAUGACAAUCUGCUGUGCACAAGCUGA